GAAAUGCUCAGUUGUGCCUGUGGUGCCGAGGCUUGGCCAGUUGGGCUGGGCCGGGCCAUGUGCUGACUGGCCUGCCGGGGCGGGGGUCCCGAGCGGGGUUCGGGGAGGACGGCCUGGGCAGCCAGCUGGGGUGUAGUCGGCAAACGCAAGGGCAGCGCACUUGGAUUCUAAGAAGUAGUUUUCCGUAAGACCUUCUGGUUUGUUUGUUUUUUCCUUAGGAAGUUAGUACCUCCCACAUUAGGGUAAAUGACACCCUUAGCUUUAGUUGGGCGUGAGUUUAUACUUUUUUCUGACCGAUUCUGAAAAAGGAAAUACUUACUAUGUUUAUAUAAUACAACAUAGUUGAUACAUUAUAUAAUGCUUCAGGUGGUGUAUUCGGAAUAUUCGAAGGGAGAAUUCGAGGCGAAAUGGAAACGUUUGCAAGUACGGUUGUCGGUGAUGCACUCAAAUGCACUUGUGCGCACGGUGAUCUGGAAGGUGGCCGACUGACUCAGGUCUGCCUUUCGUUUCCGUAGUGUACUGAGCGUGGAGAGCGACACGUGGAUCGUGAAGGUAGAAUGAGUGAAUCCACAUAAUAGGAGUUAACGCAGCACUUUCGUAGGCAGAAGAAAGAGAGGAUGUUUCUUCGUACGUUGGAGACUUAAAAGUGGGAAUUAGAAUUGGUGAAAUAUGUGGAUGAAACAGGACUUGAAAGAUUGACCUUCAGUGCUGAGGAUUUAAGUGUCUACAGGUUGGGGGGUUAAAUGAUAAAGGGGUGCAAACACAUUUUGUUGGCUUCUUGUCCACUGGUUUACAUACAUUUACAGUUCUGUGUCAGUGUAUUACAACUUUAGAGAGGUACUACGUAUGAAUGAAAGGUACUGGUGUGAACAGCAACAUUCUAAGCUGUAACUUUAAGUUUUGCAAAUUGUUAAAGUAUUUGAAGCUGUUCGGGAGAAAGCCUGAAACGGCUGGAGUGAUGUAAAUCCUAUGCCUCUGAGGGGCUUUUUGUGGUUCACCUGGCCUCUGGGCUCCUCAUCAAAACAGAGCGGGAGAGGGAACGCAAGCAGGGGGAGUGGGAGAGGGAGAAGCAGGCUUCCCACUGAGCAGGGAGCCUGAUGGAGGGCUCGAUCCCAGGACCCUGGGAUCAUGCCCUGAGCCGACGCUCAACGACUGAGCUGCCCAGGCGCCCUUCACCAAAAUGUUUUAGAGAAAAUAGGAUGGAGGAGAGAGCGCAUAUAUUAUAUUGAAAUACAGUUACCAAAAUACUGAACCAAAGUGAUGCUCAAGCUGCUUACUUGCCCUUUGUUAGAUCAGUUAGUAACAGGUCAAGUUUGGGCUUUAGUGAUUCCGUUUGGAGCAGUGACCAGCAUAACUGACAGUUUGAAAUUUCUGUAGUAACUGUAGUGCUUUGUGAAAAUAUCUGUAGUUUCUCUUGGUGAAAAAGUCACAGGUACUGCUGAGACUCCAGGAUUUCAUGUCUUCCUUCAUGAUUGAAUGGGUGCUAAAUUUCAGCCAGAGAUUAUUGCAAAUAAAGAUGUGUUUUUUCUCAUUCAGCUUCACGGAGGCUAGGGUCAGAAUCUGUGCACUAGGAGCCCGUGUACUCUCCACCAUCCAUUAGUAGGCAUGUGUACGUGCCCUUGUUUUCCUUCCUCAGGUGGCUGUCAUGGUGGCUAAGGGGGUGAGGGAAUAAAAAAAGUGCAGAUGAGGGAACUCACAUAUAUAUAUUAUAGCGGUCUGGGGUCAUUGUCAGGGCUGAGGGAGCUGUAGCAGCCAACUGGGGAGUGCCAUCUUAUGCCACAGUCUUAUGCCACAACCGGAUCAGUUACUAUUUUGUCCUGGACGUGGAAAUACAGUAGAAAAAGUUCAGUCUGGAAAUUGUUAGAAUCAACAUUUAAGAGCCGGGAAGCCUAGUCACUUGGUCAAGGCCUGGCUGCAGAGCCUGUCAAAUGAGGCUACACCUGCCAUACCACCAGCCAUCCUUUGUUUUGGGGUGUCAGCCCCGCCGCUUUAGUUACUGUUUCUGGAAAGUUCAUUCACAGAAGGCUGUGUGAUACCACAGCAAACGUGCUGUCUGACAAGGUAGUUUGGAAACCCGUGGCUUGGAAGUGCUGUGGUUCUGAAGGGACCUGGGGGCAGGGUGGGGUUUAGUGAGGGAGGUGGCGAGGGGACAGAGCGGCUUCUUCAUUCUAUCUCGAUUCCUUAGGGAAUCUAGGAUUCCUUAGGGAAAAGUUUCUACAAUGUUUUCAAAAUCUUCAACUGACCUACCAGGUUGCAAGACUAAGGGUUUAUGAGUAAAAUUUCGGAUUCAUUUUCUUGUCUUGAGUCUUCCUUUAAAUGAUCGGACACAGUCGGCCCGCUACAAGGUGCUGUCUCCUGAUGUCACAGGUGGCCGAGCCGCUCGGCGCGGAUUGUUCAUGCUCCUAUCUGGGGAGACCAUUUAGCUUGAGGGGAUCCCCACCACCCAAAAGGCAUGUGCUAUUCUGUGCAGUCUCUAGCUGAAUGUAGCCGUCCAUGUGCUGGUGAGGCUGUGGGGCACAUUCCCUGGAAAUGCUUUUAUCGUUUGCCAUCUGUGACUGACACGUACAGAACGAUUAGCUUGUUUCGUCAGGUCUCAAGGUGGCCGGGAGCAGGCAGACUUCAAGUCCAGGGGUUGAGGGUUACCAAGGAAUAAGGAAAAUAGGAAUCUAGUUGGAUCCUAGGGACCACUAGUGCUGGGCUUUGGGGCCCACAGAACUGGUUUGAACUCUGGCAGAAGUCUGGCCUUCCUGGUUCAGCUGGACUGUUGCUCUCUACCGUCUACUUGCUCUGCACGCUGUUGAUUGCAAGUUCUCUCCUCCCCGCAGCUUGGGGCCCAGCACUACCCGCCUCACCCUCUUCCUGUUUCCCAGGGUCCACCCCAGACAGAGUGACUGAGCUCUUUCCCUCCACCCACCUUCCAGGCGCUGACCCCUGGGCUAGGUGCUGCCCUCAGGGAGGGCUGGGCUCCUGCCUUCCACACGACCACCCUUUUGCAGCAGGGUCUACGGUAGGGUUGGGUCACUUAGAAGGGACUAUGGAUUGGGAGUACUGUGAUGCAGGUUCCAGCCAGAAUCGUCUGAUCGGACUUUGUAAAAAUAAUGCUUAAUGAGAGCUUGGUAAGCUCUCAGUAUAUGUUGUUUCAUGUUGUCUGAGAUAUUUUAUCAAGGUUUAUAAUUUUUUGCAUUAAAAAGUUUAGGAAUUUAACUUUGCAUUCUUUUAAAUUGUGUGUUUGUGUGUACCCCCCCUCCCUCCCAGGAUGUACUUUAGCAGAAUUCUUUGCAGCAUAAACGCAAACACUUCUGUGAUUCUGUAGGGCAGGGGUUCUCAACUGUGAGACUGCUGACGUUUGGGGCCAGAUAGUUCUGUGUUGUGGAGGCCAUCCUGUGUAUUGUGGGAUGUCAGCAGCAUUCCUGGUCGUUAUCCACCAGAUGCCACUGGGACCCCCACUUCCAGUUGUGACAACCAAAAAUAUCUUCAGAUAUUGCCAAGUGUCCCCUGGGGGACAAAAGUCACCCCUGGUUGAGAACUGAUCUAGAACAGCAUUUCCCAAAAUGUACUGUGUGGAACCUGAGUUUAAUGGGAUAUGCAUCCAUAUUUACAUAUUAGUUAUUCUGUGUUGUAUUUUUAGUCAGCGUUAUUAUGUAUGUUUCCAUGUACUUAUAUAACGCACAUGUUUCUCAUUUAAAAAAAAUGUAUCAAAGAUCACGAAUUUUGUGAUUUUUUUUUUUUUCUGUAUCGCUUUACGGCUGUGUCUGAUGUUGCAGAGCCUUUUGAGCAUUUAGGUUUUGAUAUUCCCUAUGUUUUUUUCAUCAUUCUCUGGCCUACCAAGCUUAGUGCUAGUCAGAUCACAGGGGCUGUGGGCAGAGGGAUAGUGCUCCUGGGUCCAUUUCUGUGGUGCUCUGUCCCUGAGCACACAGUGCCCUGGGAAGAAAGAUUGUCCGUGUGAAAGGGCUCUUGCUUUGAAGAGUUGGGGUUCUUAUUUUUUCCUAAAACCAUUCCUUAACUCUUAACAAGUCCAUCGUGAAAGUUUUGAGUAUGUCAGUUUUUAGUAAUGCCGAUAAUAGUCACCGUCUGAAAAGCAAGGGUGUGAUGUAAUUUUAAAUUCUACCAGCAGUCUACUAAGACCAUCCAGCUCAGAAUUUACUAAAACAGAUGCUCAUACCAUUAAAUCACCUUUGUUAUUGGAAUUUUGCUGUGACUUUAAUGGAUAUUUGGACCUUUGGCUUGGAAAUGCUUUUUUUUUUUUUUUAAUACAGAGUUUGUCUUAACAGGAUUUAGUAUCUGAUUUUAUUUGAAUAUUAAACUUCAAGAGGCACCUCCUCAAACCUUGUUUGAAAAAUAAAGUGAUUUCUUGACGAAUGUUUGCCUCCCCGUAUGAGUUGUUGACUGAACACGUCCCGGGGAUGGGGGAUGUGAAGCCAGGAUGGAAGCCGGCCGACAGGUGGCUUGAGCUUCUGAGCCGUAGGCACUGAAGACUUCCCGCACUCAAAAUGAAAACUCCUUGGGCCGCAGUGACAGUUUCCUGAAAGGCCACAGAACCCGCUCCUCUCCGUCUGCUCCAUUUCAGGACAUGCGGCUCUGCUCUGCCGGUUGCUCAGACACCAUUUGCUUUUGACUCAAGAUGAUGUGAUGUUUUAUUAUAAAACUCAUUAAUCAUGAUGGCUACACAGACAUUAAGCAUAGACAGCUAUCAAGAUGGGCAACAAAUGCAAGUAGUAACAGAGUUAAAAACGGAGCAAGAUCCCAACUGCUCUGAACCUGAUGUGGAAGGAGUGAGCCCCCCACCCGUGGGGUCCCAGACACCAAUGGAUGCGGACAAGCAGGCCAUUUAUAGGCAUCCACUGUUUCCAUUAUUAGCUUUGUUGUUUGAAAAAUGUGAACAAUCUACGCAGGGCUCAGAAGGCACAACUUCUGCCAGUUUUGAUGUAGAUAUUGAAAAUUUUGUAAGGAAGCAAGAGAAGGAAGGAAAACCCUUCUUUUGUGAAGAUCCGGAAACUGACAAUUUAAUGGUAAAAGCAAUCCAGGUUUUGCGUAUUCAUCUUCUUGAGCUGGAAAAGGUUAACGAACUGUGCAAAGAUUUCUGCAGUCGAUACAUUGCUUGUCUAAAAACGAAAAUGAACAGUGAGACUCUCCUGAGCGGAGAACCUGGAAGCCCGUAUUCCCCCGUCCAGUCCCAGCAGAUUCCAAGUGCCAUCUCAGGCACUCUCAGCCCCCAAGGAAUCGUGGUUCCAGCAUCUGCGCUGCAACAGGGGAACGUAACCAUGGCGACAGUGGCAGGUGGCACAGUGUAUCAGCCUGUCACAGUUGUCACUCCUCAAGGCCAAGUAGUGACACAAGCAUUGUCGCCCGGCACGAUCAGGAUCCAGAACUCCCAGCUUCAGUUACAGUUAAACCAAGAUCUAAGCAUCUUGCAUCAAGAUGAUGGCUCAUCUAAGAAUAAAAGGGGCGUUCUGCCGAAGCACGCUACCAAUGUGAUGAGAUCUUGGCUCUUUCAGCACAUAGGGCAUCCCUACCCGACAGAAGAUGAGAAAAAACAGAUUGCUGCUCAGACAAAUUUGACUCUACUCCAAGUUAACAAUUGGUUCAUCAAUGCCAGAAGACGGAUUCUUCAGCCCAUGUUGGAUUCUAGUUGUUCAGAAACUCCAAAAACUAAGAAGAAAACUGCUCAGAACAGACCGGUCCAGAGGUUUUGGCCUGACUCCAUCGCCUCCGGAACUGCACAGCCGCCACCCGGCGAGCUGGCCAUGUCGGAAGGAGCCGUUGUGACGAUCACCACGCCCGUGAGCAUGAAUGUGGACAGCCUCCAGUCUCUGUCCUCAGAUGGCGCCACGCUGGCAGUGCAGCAGGUCAUGAUGGCGGAACAGAGCGAGGACGAGUCUGUGGACAGCACGGGGGACAGUGGGGCUGCACUCGCCCCCACCCACAUCAGUGGCCUGGUGCUGGAGAACAGCGACUCCCUGCAGUAGGGGGCCAGCGUGGCCCAGAACCAUGGGGCGGGCUGGCCUGACUUUUUAUAGUUUGCACAGCAAACAUUUUACACAGUUUUAUUUCUAAUAUGUUUUAUAUGUAGAUAGAGAAGAGUGCACUUUUGUAUUUCAUAGUAUGCUUCAAGAGCACCUUUGCUGGUGCAGCGACUUCUUUCAAGUGUGUGCGUGCGUGUGUGUGCGGGUUUUUAAGGAAAUUCUUUAAAGGUUUAACGCUAAAAAUGUGAUGAAUGACGAACACCCCUGUGAGCCCCUAAUUAGAUUAAGGAAUAGUGUUGCCAUUUUCUAAAAAAUUAUGCAGUUUUAGUUUAGUUCUGUGGUUGAAGCAGGUCUCAGUGGGCUGAUUUCUUUGUGUGGCCCAUGGAUUUGAAAGAAGCUUCUGCAUCUUAAAGCUGCCGGCGCGAGGCGGACACCGCACAACAAUAAAGUAGGCGUGACUCCGUGGUGGGCGUGCGGCGGUCUGAAUACGCUUAGGUUCUCGCACAUUCCGUGAGCCUGUUUCAUUUGCUAUAGAUAAAAAGAAAUUCCUAUUUUUACCUUGCUGGAAUUAUUGGAUAAAAAAGCUAUUUUUAUAAAUUCGUUAUGAAUUGGAUUAUGACUAUGCUGAGGAUAAAAUUUCUAGAGAAGAAACAAUACAUGCUUAUUAUUUCGAUUUGGAAUGUUCUGAACCGACCAAAUUUAGUGAACCUGCCCCAAGUUAGCUAGCAUUCCAUGGUUCUCUGCCAUCCCAGGGUAGUGAUUUAUAUUUACUACUAUGAAAGAAACAACUGUUGAAUGAAAUUUUGAUACCUGCAAAUUUUAGUUAAUAUGUAAAUGCUCAGACUGCAUCUUACACUCGAUCUGAACAUAGAUCUAAAGGUAUUGCUAAAUAGGACUAGGUAAGUCAGGUGAAGUGGUGGCCAGUAAUUGGUUAACAGCUCUUACCACCUGUAUUUCUGUCUGAUUUAAAUCUGACUACAGUUAAAUGGUUACUCUGCCACUUAGCUGUGUGUUGUUUUAGGAUGUUUUAGUCAGCCAUAUGUUUGCAUAGAAUGUUUAUUAUAAACUAAUAUAAAAUGUCCUCUACCCCACUGGCUCAGAGUGAGGGCCAAUAACCCACGCUCAGCUCUGUUUCGUAAUUAACAUCACCCCGAAGUGACAUGGUGACCCGGACUGGGGUGACAGCAUGACUCUCCCACCACUGGUCCUGGUGUCCGUUUUUACUCCUUGUCCCUUGUUGCUUUGGAAUUUCCAGAGCCCUCCCCCUCUGACUUGAUCACAUGAGAUUUGGAAUAAUCUUAGGACUUCUGUUUUCCUGGUGACAGGAAGACAAGACAAACCAAAAGAGUAGACUGGGUUUUGUUUCCUUUGUUUUCAUGUAUUUGCAAGUAGGGCUCUUUCUCAGAGUGAAAACAAGCUACCUUGUUUCAUCAAGUCUUUACGUGGUCUUACAUGGGAUGCCCACAGUUCACGUUUCUAAAGGAUAGUUUCAUGUUUGGGAAAGUCGUCCGUGCUUGAGGUUCACUAGCAGUAGCUGGCUACAGACCAGGGUGACACUGAAGGAUAUUUUGAGCGAGGGCAGACUUCGUUCUGCAACUGGUAUUUCCCCCCAAAAUUUAUGGAUUAAAGUUAAUCACAGAAGAAUAUUAUUUCCUAGAUAACUUAGAAGGCAGUUAGAAAUACAUGGAAAUUUCUCUUAAAAUAUUUCAGGAGCUUUAGAAGAAAAAUUUGACUAUCAGCUCUUGGCGAGAGAAUCACAUUUUUAAGCAGCAGUUACAUUCCUUAUUUAUAAACAAUUUGUAAUAUUUUCAGUAAAUCUGCCCCAGUUUAAAAGAUCAUUUUAACUUGACCUAAAGUCUGACAUUGUCGGACUUCUUGAAGUUAGGACCUGUGGAGGCCAGCCAGCCGGCUUCUUCCAGCCCCAGUCCCUCCUAGCUGCCCCUGCUCUUUGGCCGAGUGCAGACGUUCUCCCAGUGUGGACUCCCAGCCGGUCACCAUCUCCCUCCCUGCCCGGGGGUCGCGAGGGCUACACAGACCUCAUCGGUCUGGAGACGGGGGAGCCGCACAGCGUCCCCUUCCCCCCCCCGCCCCCCGCUGCUGGCCUGAGACUCGGCCUUCCAUGCCCAGUGACACCACGUGCUCCCUCGGGCUGAGGCCGGUUUUCUUAGGCUCUCAGUUCUCACUGGCUUCAGAGCACCAGGAUGAGCCACUCAGAGGGCGGGGCGUCCGGGCCAGCCCGAGGUUCCUUCGGACGGCCCGGGAACCCCAGGUGCUCGCACGCAGCGCGGCACGGCAAGCUGUUUCGGUUCAGGGAACCGCCGCCCAGCGUCUUUGUUGUCUGUCUGCCUUUUAUAAACCCCCCCCAUUUCCAGCCCUCGGGCAUUCCAGAGAAUCUUUGCAAAGGGGACUGCAUCAAACGUUCAGUUUCUGUGAGCAGAUUCGGUCCUGACUCUCCACAAAAAGGAUGCUUUGGAUGCGUCCUGAGACCCAGACAAAACAUGCUGUCCCCCCUGUUGUGCUGUUGAGCAGGUAGCCGAUGGCCGACUGCGCCUGCAGUGUCCUGACUGCAGCUAGUCCAGUAAGUUCAGUGUUUGUCCCGGAUGCAGAGUAAGGGGUUGGGGGGGGCAGCCAGCGGCGCCGGCUCGCACCCAGACCGCAGGAGCGGGGCUGCGAACACCCCGCACCCCCGGGGCACAGGGGCCUUUUCCGCACGGCCCGUCAUGGGCCGGGCCGGUCCUUCCCUGUGGGAGCCAGCGUCAGGGCGCGCUCCUUCUAGACAGACUCGAACGUACCCGGACGGGGGGAGAAGACCUGUCUCUGGCAGUUAGUGACAGAAAUAACUCCGCAAUCUGCCUUCGUUUUAGUUCUGUUUGGUCUAUGAACUGACAAUCUUUAAAAUGUGAAUACUGUAACAGUAUGUUUUCUUGAAUUGUUGUCUUUAAAAGGGAUUUUUGUGAAGCGAUUGAUUUAUCAAAGCAAAAAAAUUAAAAAUAGAAACAUGCUUUAUGGAUGUUUUAUUUUCUAAAGCGGAGGUCACCGCAAGCUGCUUUUCCAUUUUAAGUAAAACAUUCAAAUCGUUGACAGGUUUUGCUGGUGAUGUGGGGCUCGUAGUGAGCCCUGCACUUUGUUUAAGAAUUAGGCUUGUACUGCGCUGGACAUUCAGGUCCAUUUGCAUUUUCAGGACUCUUUCCUUAAAUUACUUUCUUCAAUUAGUCAUUGGUAUUCCGGGGGAAAAAAUUGGGAAGUUUCUGUUUGUUUUUUAUUGUAGUUUAUCAUAAACCUAAUUAUUUUGAUAGUAAUGAGAAAAUGAUUCAUCAGUGAGGUAUUGCCUUCCACGGUGCAUGUUGUAAAGUGACACCCAAGGUCCUUCUGGACUUGUUGAAGAGCUGCAUUAAAACAAUUUCAGAGAGUUUUUUCUUUGUAGUCCAGUGUGUUUUAACUCCCUCCAAACUGUUUAUCCUUAGAGGCCAAA